AUGAUUUUUUCUUUUUCUUUUUAUUUAUAUUUUCAUUUUAGUAUUUCUUUAUAUAUUGAAAAAUAUCAUUCCACCCCACUGCCUCCUUGUAAAAGAGAAAGAAGAGUGGCAGCCUAUUUACAAAGCCACGCUUGUAUAACAUAGUAUUUGCAGUCGUUAGCCUGUCCCUCAUGGAAUCCCAUCUUGAGAAACAAAAUAGAGAUGUGCUUCAAAAAUCUUUUGAAGAGAUGAUAUCUACUCUGCCUAAAGAGAAUUGUUGGGGUUUUUCCGAAGAUCAAUAUCAAUAUCAAGGUUUUUGGUUCACCCCGCGUUUUCUACAAGGAGCGUUGUCGGCUCAACAACAAUUCCAGGCUCAACCAACUGAUAUCAUCCUUUGUAGCUCUCCAAGAACAGGCACAGCCUGGUUAAAAUCCCUCACUUUCGCCACUAUUACAAGAACUUCAUACAAUGAUUCCACCACCCCUUUACUUUCCAAGAUGCCCCAUGAUGUUGUGCCUUUCAUGGAGUUCGAUCAUGCCCAGUUUUCCACUAAUCGACAUCUUGGAAUUCCUCUUUUAGCCACUCAUCUUCCUUAUUCUUUCUUACCCAGAUCUAUAAUUGAUUCUGGUUGUAAACUUAUUUACAUUUGCAGGGACCCCAAAGAUACAUUUGUUUCAUUGUAUCAUUUCAUUGCAGGGCACUGCAAAUCCCAAAAUACUCAACCCAUUCAACUUGAUGAAGCGUUCGAAUUGUUUUAUGAAGGUGUAAGUAUGUUUGGGCCUUAUUGGGACCAUGUUUUGGGGUACUGGAAAGCAAGUUUGGAACGUCCGGACAAGUUAAUGUUCUUGAAAUACGAAGAUUUGGUUGAAGAUACUGUUUUGUAUCUUAAGAAAACAGCAGAGUUUAUGGGAUAUCCUUUCUCGUCAGAGGAACAACAACAAGGGGUGCCUGAAAACAUUGUGAAGAUGUGCAGUUUCGACAAUUUAAGUGGCUUGGAAGUAAUUAAAACCGGGAGACAUCGUGAAACAGAAAAUAACAUUUUCUUCCGGAAGGGGAAGGUUGGAGACUGGAAGAAUUAUUUGACCACUGAAAUGGCUCAACGUUUAGACCAACGAACACUGCAAAAGUUGAGCGGUUCAGGUUUAAGUCUCUAAUUGAAGAAAUUGAGAUUUUGCAUGAAGAGAUCCGAGAUAGUUGUCAUAUCGCAACAAAGGGGAGAUCGCCCGACAUAACUAGAGGAACUUUUCAAGCUAAUCGGGUAAUCUCCGAAUAAAGUUUGUUGGGGGAGAGUAUGUUUUUAGUUACUUUUUGUAUGUGUUGUGUUUGUAUUCGAACUUGUAGAAAUAUGAGUGAUUGGUUAAGGAGAAUGUAAAUAGGAUUGUGUGUAUAAACUGUAAAUCUUGUUCGAUAAUAAUUGAUUCUAGAUUAUUUAAUUUUAAAAUAA